UGUUCCGUCAGCGUAGCGGCGCAUCAUAUGACACUGCCCGCCGAUCCUUGACGAGAGGAGAGCGCUGUCAUUGAAAUAAAUAAAUAAACAAACAAACAGACGAGGGAGAAUAGGGGGAAUAUCAUUUUUACUCCUUGUACCAGUUCACCCUCGCGUGGACCAUAGCGGACAUUCUCCAUCCUCUCCUUCAACUGCCAACCGGUAUCAGACCGAAGCUUCAACCUGCGUUGUGCGGAGACGUGUCCGUGGCUUUUCCGUAGGUUAGAGUCAUUUACGGGUCCUAAAGGAUACGGUGCGUCACCAUUUCCGUUUGUAGCACUCACUGCAAUUCCUCUGUAGGCGCGCUCUCGACAUUUUCUCCCCGAAUAAUUGUCACUCUGAGCGUGCGUAUCCGUGGGAUUUGGUGUCCAUUUUCCUGAUGUACACGCAUAACGGAAAAGGGGAAUUCAAUGAAUUUGAAUUAAACCUGGACAUCAAUCAGGCGAAGCUCUGCAGCUGAGGACAGGUUUCCGCGACGUGUCCGUGUUUGCCGUCUCGUCAUUUCUUAUUAUCAUAGGGGAGUGAGAAAAUAGAAUUGAUAGCGACUGUUGGGCGUUACGUAAUAGGGGCAUUAUCCCGGUUGCUGGACUGAACGGUAGAACGGGAGACACGCAGAGAUACAGAGAGCCGUGCAACCUUGCGUGGUUGACGCUACGGGGAGAAAAUGUCGGGGCAGACUCUAACGGAUCGCAUUGCCGCUGCGCAAUACCAGCUCACGGGCUCCGAAGUGGCGACGCGCGUCUGCAAAGCCACCACACACGAGGUGAUGGCGCCCAAGAAGAAGCACUUGGAUUAUCUGAUCGCGGCCACCAAUGAGACGAAUGUGAACAUCCCUCAGAUGGCGGACACGCUGUUCGAGAGAGCCACCAACGCCAGCUGGGUGGUCGUCUUCAAGGCCCUGCUCACCACACACCACAUGACCAUACACGGCAAUGAGAGGUUUAUCCAGUACCUUGCCUCCAGGACUUCUCUGUUCAACCUCAGCAACUUCAUCGACAAAACUGGCACCCAUGGCUAUGACAUGUCCACAUUUAUCAGGCGAUAUGCCCGCUACCUGAACGAGAAGGCCUACGCUUAUCGCCAGAUGGCGUUCGACUUCACCAGAGUCAAGAAGGGCGCUGAGGGUGUGAUGAGGACUAUGACUCCUGAUAAGCUGCUGAAGGCCAUGCCAGCCCUGCAGACCCAGGUGGACACCCUGCUGGAGUUUGAUGUCCACCCCAAAGAUCUGAACAACGGAAUAAUCAAUGGUUGCUUCAUGCUGCUUUUCAAAGACCUGAUCAAGCUUUUUGCCUCUUACAAUGACGGCAUCAUUAAUUUAUUAGAGAAAUAUUUCAAGAUGAAGAAGUCUGACUGCAAGGAGGCUCUGGAGAUCUACAAGCGGUUCCUGACCCGUGUGACCAAGAUCGGCGAGUUCAUGAAGAUCGCAGAGCAAGUUGGAGUCGACAAGAAUGAUAUCCCUGACAUUUCUUAUGCUCCCAGCAGCAUCCUGGAGUCUCUGGAGACACACAUGAACAGUUUGGAGGGCAAGAAGGGUGAUUCUCCAACAAAGGGCUCCCCCACCAAUAACGCUUCACCCGCCUCCACUCCGGCCAAAUCUGCCACCUCCGUGCCCACGCUGGAACCCCCGCCCACCGACGGCUCCGCAGCGGCCGCCGCCGCCCCCGAAGAGCCCGUCACAGACUCUCUGCUGGACCUGGAUCCUCUCGCCUUCUCCGGGCCUUCAACAGGAGCCUCCGCAGCACCCACCAACUGGGGAGACCUGCUGGGAUCGGAGAUGGGUUCCCUCUGCGCCACCGACUCCCUUCAGCCUGACCCCUCCCAAGCGGUAGACUCCGCCCCCUCUCCGGCCGCAGCCAAUGAGGCGGCCGCUAGCAGUUUGGCUCCUCCCCCUGCCGCUGCCGGGGCCGCCGCCCCCAGCCCCGGCCAAUCGGAUCUCCUGGGAGAGGCGUUUGCCACCCCGGCGGCCGAGCCCCCUGCUGCAGCUGAAGGCGGAGCCUCUGCGGCCACACCCACCCCUGCUGCUGAUGCUGCAGCCGCCUCUGCUGCGUCAGCAGACUCGGCGGGUGGAGAUGCCCAGGUGCCCGUUGCUGCUGCUGCUGCUGCUGCUGCUGCGCCAGCUGCCCCCCCGGCAGGAGCCGACCUGAUGGCGGCCUUUGAUGGACUGGGUGAUGUUCUUAUGCCUGCUAUGGCCCCUCAUCCAGCCGGUGCAUCACCCAUGGCUGCAUCUCCCGUGAAGCCUGACCUGGACGCCACCAUGGCUAACCUGGCCAGCAAUCUGUCCAUGGGGAACCAGAAACCGGCGGAUGGUGCAGCAGGCGGGGCCAACUGGCAAACUCCUCAGGUAGCUCCUCCUCAGUGGGGCGGUCCCAUGACUGGGCCCAUAGGGGCCUCACCUUAUAUGGGGUCUCAGCCUCCAUUUUGCAUGGCGGGGGCGCCGGGUGCUGGAGCUCCCAUGAUGCCCGGCUCUCCCAUGAUGUUCCCCCAGCAGCCCAUGAUGAGGCCGCAGUUCCCCGCCGCUGGGAGUGGUGCUCCGAUGAACCCCGCUAUGGCUCAGAGCCCCAGGAAGCCCCCACCCCCAAAAGACCCCCUGGCUGACCUCAACAUUAAGGACUUCCUAUAGACAUCCUAUAGAACCUGUCAGUAAAGCUGAUUGGAGACCUGUCGCUAUGGGAGCCCUGUUGAUAUGGAUGUGUGAUGUUCUCUCCCUCUCUCUCUGGUCACCUGCUCCCUCUCCUCUUCCUCCUCCUCCUCCUCCUCCUCUUCCUCCUGCCCCCUUUCUCUCCCCUCUCUGUCUAAUGUUGUAGCACAAACAGUGGAUGUGAACCUGUAUACGUGUGAUUGUGUGUGCGUAUUUUAAUGUCAUCCUUUACUUCGGUCAGUGAAAAACGAACUAAAAUGAAGCGAAAAUCUGAAAAAAAAGAAAAAAAAAAGAAAAUCAUGUUUAGCUAUGGUGCAGUCACAACAGGGGCAGAUGCCCUGGGGUCAGAGCUAGGGGGUAAUUGUCCGUAGGCGUCCUUGUGAUGGGGUGUUGGGGAUGCAGGGUGGCACAGGGAAGUUGUUUAUUUCUCUGUGGGCACAAAAGGUAAACACGUAAACAAAUACAUAAACAGUGUUCAGUGUGUGUUGAUCUCAUAGGGCCCCCCCCCCCCCUUCUGUUGUCGUGAUGCAGACAUUUCACUUUGUGUAACCUCCCUAACCACACACACACACACACACACACACACACCAACUCACCCUAGCCAGCACUUGGCCGGGAACCCAAUUACACUCACAAACUAUAGUUCUCUGCGGUUCUUUAUUAGUUCCUUAAAAGAUCCAAAGGCUCUCCAAAGGCCCUGCUCCAUGUUAAGUUCCCUUUAAUUGGAUCCAUUUGGGUUGAACAUUUCUGAUGAGUUUCUCAUAGUCAGAAUGCAGGUCAGUGAGACUCUUCCAAAUGUAAAAUCAGUAUACUGUAAAUACAGUAUAUAGAGUGUGCCUGAGGUAGAACCUUUUGAGGGGAACUAAAUGAAGAAUCUCUUUUGUUUCUCUGAGAGAGCACCAGCGCCAUGAGAAGAGAACUAAAAGUCCCCCCUGAUGUUUUUGACGCCCAGGUUCUUUUCUGUUUUUUUUCUCUUCCUGUUUCUGUUGCUCCUGCCCCGCCCCUUUUCCUCACCUGAAUGUGUGCUACACGUGUCGUAUGACACGCCACAUUAUGCAUUCUAGACUUUAUUUUGUUGACCAAACAAUGCAGAUAUCUUUUAGUCUUUAUUUUGAAUUUAAAUGAAAAAAAAAAAUUGUUUCAUAUAUUUUAGUUACUGCGUUCAAAAUGCUUAGCAUACAGUCUCUAGCGGAAAGAAGUGGACAUACUGUAUCCCCCAAUGUGUAUAUAUCUCUCUAUCUAUAUUCAGAAGACUAGUAGCCUAUUGGAUGCACCCCCCCACCCCUUCUCUCCUCAGCGCCGCAGUGAAAGGUGACAGUAUUCAGCGCCCGGCUGCAUCCCAAUGAUCAGCAGCUGCAUCUGCCAUAUCAGAGACUGUCAACCCUGUGACUGGAGGACGGAAAUAUAACUGGAUGUUCAGUGUUUUGUUUCUGUAUUGAAAAAAAAAAAAAACUGUGGUGAAGUGUUGAGAACAGAUAACAAACAAAACAAAAAAGAAUAAAGGGGAAAAUGUGUUCCAUGAAUGACUGCUUUUGAUUGUUUUAUUGUUAUUUUUGGUUUUUGUUUUAAUUUUUUGACUUAUCUGAAUAACCUAGCUCCUGAGCCUAAGUGCAUGUGCAUACUGUUGAAAUACAAUAAAAAAAACAGUGAUCUGAAGAGA